CAGAUUUCUCCUUCUCAGCCAGCAGCUGCAAACCCAAGCUAGGCAUGGCUGCUUCGGCAUUAGCCUUGCUCGGCCCAUCCGUAACGCUUGUUCUUCUUGCCUUGCUGGUCCUGGCUACGCUCUUGUACCUGAGGAACUCUGUAAGACCUUCUCCGAACCUGCCUCCGGGCCCUCCUCCUCUCCCGCUCUUUGGCAAUCUGCACAUCAUAAAUAUUAAAAGGCAAGAUAAAUCCUUUAUGAAGCUUUCUGAAAAAUAUGGCCCAGUCUUCACGGUCCAUUUGGGUUUUCAGAAAGUCGUGGUGCUGACUGGAUAUGAGGCAGUAAAGGAAGCGCUUCUGAGCAAUACAGAUGAAUUUUUGGACAGACCUCCUAUCCCAAUAUUUUACCGGAUCCAGCAUGGCAACGGUGUGUUCUUCUCUUCUGGGGAGCUGUGGAAAGCCACUCGUCGAUUCACCAUGUCGAGCAUGCGGGACCUCGGGGUGGGGAAAAAACUUAUAGAGGGACGGAUCCUUGAGGAGCUCCAUCACCUUAUUGAGCUGAUCAAGUCUUUUAAAGGUGAACCUUUUAAGUUAAGAACCUUUAACACGGCUCCCACAAACAUCACAUUUGCCAUAUUGUUUGGAGACAGGUUUGAUUACGCCGACCCAACUUUUGUCACUCUGCUCAGACUCAUUGAUGAAGUGAUGAGCUUGCUGGGAUCUCCAUUCUUGCACUUAUUCAAUUUCUACCCAUUCCUCGGAUUCCUCCUCAAACCCCACAAGAUGAUCUUGAGAAAAGUUGAAGAGGUCUGUGUCAUUCUAAAGAAACACAUUCAGGCCAGCAAACAGACAAUCAAUGCAAACAACUUACGGAGCUACACUGAUGCUUUGCUCUUCAGGCAGCAAGAGGAAAUGAACAAAGCCAAGAACACCUUCCAUGAUGAGCAUGUGCUGGCAGCAGUGCUGGACCUCGUCAUGGCUGGGACCGAGACAACAUCCACCACCCUGCAGUGGGCCGUUCUGUUGAUGAUGAAGUACCCCAAGAUUCAAUGCAAGGUACAAGAGGAAAUCAAGACAGUCCUGGAAUCUGGGCGCCUGCCGACCUUCGAGGACAGGAAGUGCAUGCCCUUUGCCAAUGCAGUGAUCCAUGAGGUGCAGCGCUUCGUCAAUCUCCUCCCGCAUGUACCACGCUGCACUGCUGUGGACACACACUUCCGUGGCUAUUUCAUCCCCAAGGGUACCAUGGUGAUUCCAUCACUCACUUCCGUGCUCUUAGACAAAACUCAGUGGGAGACUCCUGACCAAUUUAACCCCAACCACUUUUUGGAUGCAGAUGGCAACUUUGUGAAGAAAGAAGCAUUCCUGCCUUUUUCAACAGGCCGUCGGAAUUGCCUCGGCGAAAGUCUGGCCAAGAUGGAGCUCUUUCUGUUCUUUGUGGGCUUGUUCCAGAGAUUUACCUUUCGGCCCCCUCCAGGAUCCACAGCGUUUGACUUGGACAUGGUCGCUGUGCCAGGAUUCACAAUGCGUCCCAGGCCGCAGUCGACCUGUGCUGUGCCCCAUGAAUAGACCCACGGAUCGAAAGGUGGGCUGGUUCAUUGUACAACGUGAUCUUAUGCUGAGACGAAAUGCCCCUUCUGUGAGAACGUGAGGGGUAUUCUGAGAUGGGUGUACUAUAGCAACAAACCUUUGCAUCACUCCUUUCAGAUGUUUACAGGCCAUUAAUGCAUUUCUUUGCAGAACUGUGAAUUCAGCAGAGACGGCAGCCUCUCUGUCGCUGCCCCUUGUAUCUGGAACUGUCUCCUAAUCCCUGUUAGGACGUCGUUUUUUGUGAAGUGCACAGUUUAACUUUGCUGGAUUAAUUCUCUCCCAAGGAAGCUCAGCUGUGCAUAGGUACUUGUGGAGUUGAAUUCUCUUUCACACAAAGAGUUUCCUUCUGGAUAGAAAAAUCCAGGUUCAAAUCCCCACACAGCCAUGAACCAAGCUAGGGUGACCUUGGGCCUGUCUCUCAGCUUCACCCUACCUCACAGGGUUGUUGUGAGGAUAAAAUGGAGGAAAGGAGAACCAUAUGUGCUACUCUCAGCAACUCAGGCAGAGUAAAAAAAAGCAUUAGACGGACAGCUUGUCCCCAAUUAAAUUCCCUGCCUUCACCCUGGCAUGCAGCCUUUUACGUGCAGGGAGGGUUUUUUUGUAUGCAGGCACAGUCAGUCCCCUGGAACCUCCACCUGCCCUUUGACGUGGUACAGUCCAGACUCAAGUUGAUCUGCAUCUUCAGCUGAAACAAACCCUAAAUUAGCCUUGCAAACAAAAGUUGCUAGCCCACUUUUUUAACUUGCCUGCCUUCGACAUACUAACUUUGCCUGUAAGUAGAAAAGAAUACAUUUGUCCAGUUCACAAAAACAAAUUCUCACAAAAAAAGCUGCUAUGCCUGCUCGCCUGGUGGCAAUGUCAACUCACCAUAGGCUACCCUUUCUUCUUUUCUUCUUCUCCUGGUUGCCUUCCUUACCCAAAACCCUCUGCCCCAUCUAUAUUUAGAGCCCCACUCUAAAUAGAAGCUCCUCUGGACACAGGUCUGUCUUUAUAUCUCUAUCUAAGCUUAUUGUUAAAGUAUUUUCUUAUUUCAGUAUAAGUGGAUGCAAACAGAGAGUGGGGGAAUAUGCCCCAUCCUCAACUUCCAUGCAGCAUGACUGGUCCCUCCUGAUCCCAGUCUUAAAACCAUAAUAUCAAUUAAGUUGUAGAAUAAAAUAGGAGUGUUAAACGAUAUAUAUGGAAUGAUAUAUAUGGAACAUCUCUUUUGUAAAACGGAAAUAGAGUAUUAAACGAUAUAU